CCCGCCGGCUGGCCGCUGCGCCCUGCUUCUCCACCUCCAAGCGCCGCCUUCGCAAGUCUCAAGCAGGCCAGCAGCAACGUCGCCCACCCAGCGUCACGUCUCUCCAGCAGCGCCUGCACUCGCUGCCGCCGCCUCGCCUUUGCACGCAGCCAGACUUGGCAUCACGGCGCCCGCCUUGGCUAUGGCGUCCGCCGCGGCGCCUCCGCCGGCGCCCGCUGUGCUUGCGGCAUUGCAGCGUGCGGGAGUCGCCUGCAGCACAUGCUCCGACGCUCCCUCAUUCUCCUCCGACGCGCCCCACAUCGACCAUCCUGCCGCGCUGCUGCGCGCAUGGGCACGGCAAGACGUCGACAUGCAGAGCACCAUGCUCGGCUCGACGACGCCCUUUGGCACACACAUCCUCGUCGCCAGCGGCCAGCGCGACUGGGCGCACGACGCCGCCGGCGAGGCGACGGAGGCGGGCGCCGUGCUGCGCGCGCUGCAGGCGCUGCCCACGGCUGCUGCCACGCCUGCCUCGGCGCCGCAGCAGCAGCAGGAGCAGCAGCAGGCGUGCAUCGAGGGAGUAUGGCGCGCCGCGCACCACACACGCAGAGUCUUGACGGCCUCGAGUGCGCUGGCGCUGCACGAGCAAGGCGGACAGACGAGCGUCAUGCUCUUCCCGCACUGGACGGCCCUGUCGCCGCUGACGCCGCACAACGUCGCCGCGGCGGCGCCGUGGCUCGCGGGCGAGACGCAGGCGCUCAAGCCGCCGCAGCAGGCAGGCGUGGCGAGGAUGGUGUUGCCUUACACGGCCGUCGUGUUGCUCUGCUCACACAAAAAGCGCGACGUUCGCUGUCAUCUUUCCGCCUCUCUCCUCUCCGAGCAUCUCCGCCACGUCGCCGAGGCCGCCGGCUGGGAGGUCGAUGAGCGCGGCGACUUUGCCCUGCCCUCUUCCUCUUUCCCCUCUUCCUCUUCCUCCUCCCCCUCCGACGACGACGACGCUGCUACCUCGCAAGGCCUUGCGCGCGCAGCAGACGGAGCUUACGAAGGCCGAGGCUGGGGCUACAUCCACGAGGCCGCGCCCGCCGCGCCGCAGCUGCGCGCGUGGCGACGCCGAGCGGCGGCCGCAAGAGGCGAGAGGGGCGAGCAGGAGCCAAAGAAGCUCGGCAUGUUCUACUGCUCUCACAUCGGAGGCCAUCGUUACGCUGCAAACAUGAUCUGCUACUUUCCAAACGGCGCGGGCGUGUGGUAUGGGCGUCUCGAUCCCGUCAAGGAUGCAGCUCGCGUG